AUGGCCAAUCAAGAGCGUUACCCGUAUGGAAUGCCUCAAACAGAGCCGGAGCCUGUGAUACAAGAGGUCCAGCCGAACGCUAACCGAGACCAACAUGAUCUCCAUGAUGACUUGCGUGCAUUACGCGAGGAAAUGGCCGCUAUCCGAAGGCAGAGAGAGGCCGACGCAAGGGAAUUGGCCGAGCUGCGACGACAGAAUGCCCAGCUUCGAAGCCUUAACCAAACAUGUGUGCCGUCAACCCCUACCCUCCAAGAGGAGUCGAAUAAUGGAGGCAACCCUGCUAGACCAUUGGAAAGCAUGCCGAUUGAGAAGUACGACGGGUCAUCCGACCCCGAGGAACAUUUGAACGUCUUCUUGACCCAAGCGACCCUCUCUACUCAGGACGACUCGGCUUUGUGCCGAAUAUUUCCCAUGUCGCUGAAGGGAAGAGCUUUGAGCUGGUUCACGAGGUUGCCGAGCGCCUCCAUCGACUCGUUUAGCGAGUUGUCGUCCCAGUUCGCCCUACAAUUCGCAACGAGCAAGCCGUACAAGACGACCUCUUUAGCCUUGGCGGGGGUCCGUCAAGAGAAGAAGGAAAACCUAAGAAGCUUCAUGGACAGAUUCAAUAAGAUUGCGAUGGAGAUUGGAGAUCUUAACCCCGCCGUGGCAUUGGAUCGGCUAAGCACGGCCCUCAGGCCAGGACCAUUUGUAAACAGCUUGUGUAAGAAGCCCCCAAUUGAUAUGAACGACCUCCGGCGCCGAGCAGAGAAGCACAUGCAAAUGGAAGAACUUGCGGAGACCCGAAACCAGGCCAGGGCGGAAGAAAAUUUUAGCCAGAAAGAACCUGGCCGAGAGCAGGUGAAAAAGAUGAACGCCGAGCCCUCGAAUACUCGCCCCCCAAAAGGACCUCGCUACGCGGCAUACACUCCCCUCAAUGCGAGUAGAGCCAAAGUGAUGGAGCAGGCCCUCGCUUCAGAAAUCCUUGCGAUGCCGAAAAGGGCGAACACACCCCCCAGAGCCGACAAAGCCAAGGCGUGCCGAUUUCACCGAAACAUGGGGCACUCCACCGAAGAAUGCUCUGCCCUGAAGGACAAGCUCGAGGACCUUAUCAAACAGGGUCACCUCAGAAGCUUUAUCACCAUUCAAGACCACCCGUCAGGGGAAAGAGACCACCACUCUCGUGAAGCUCGGCCGCUGAGAGACCGACGCUGUCGAUCACGUUCGACCGAAAGGCAAGAUCGAUCACAGCGCCCCAGGGGAGACAAUGACCGACCACGGAAGGUGAUCAACACAAUAGGCGGAGGUUUCGCCGGAGGCGGGUCCACCUCAUCGGCGCGAAAACGACACCUCCGCGCCAUUCGAUCAGUAAACAGUGUGAACCAACCGAGGAUGCCUAGAAUGCCACCUAUAACCUUUUCCGACCAGGAUUUCCGUGGCGUCGACCCCAUACAAGACGACCCUAUGGUGAUUUCGGUCGAGAUGCACAACUGCAUUGUGAAGAAAACAUUGGUCGACCAGGGGAGCUCAGCCGACAUCUUGUACUGGAAUACUUUCGUGCAGCUCGGAAUCCCAGAGGAGAGCUUAGAGCCAUACCACGAACCACUAGUCGGCUUCUCGGGCGAAAGAGUGAUGACGAGGGGAUGCAUCGACCUAUAUACCCGUUUUGGGUUCGACCAAUAG